AGAGAACGAAGGGAAUAAACAAGUGGUCGAACAGAGUGGAAUCAUUAAUAUUGUAAAGUAACACCGAUUGAUAGGGGGAAAGCACAAAAGCCAGCAGUUCGUUUGUGUACGUUCGCUACCUCUGAGAUAUCCUGUCAUUUUCUUUUCAAGUCUUUUAGAGAUUCACGGUACUGAUUACAAGCUAGCUUCUCUGUCAUCAAUGAGACUAUCAUCGUUCGUGUAUUUCAAUAUAGAUUGACGUAAAUUGAAAAAUAAAAAGGAAGAAAAUAAUAAUAAUAUAUAUAUGUAUUAAUAUAUCUAUAUAUAAAAAUUCAAAGGAUCGUAAUGAAAAGGCAAACGCUCGAAUGUAAUACGAUAGAUUAUUACAUACUUCCCAAUAAGAUUUUAUGCAAUAUCGUUGGAAUAUGGCCGAUCGAGGAGAAAAAAAGUAUAAUGAUGAAAAAGUCCUUCGCUUACUUUCGCGUAUUCUUUGCUUUGACAGCUGUCAGCAGUGUUCUCGUGCCAGAGAUUUUGGCGAUAAUAAUGAAUUGGGGAGAUAUAGAAGUAUUGACAGGUGUAGGUUGCGUAUCUACGACAGUCGGUCAGCUACUGUUCAAAAUGAUUUACUUAUUGGCCAGAAGAAAAAUAUCAUUGAAAUUAUACAAGGAUAUAAGGAAUUGUUGGUACAUGUCCAAUGAUACGAAUAAUAGAAAAUGCUACGAGGAUCUAGCUGGCAAAGCUAGAAUAUUAACAAUGGGCUUCCUUUUUUCUGGUAUAUGCAACGUUAUGACAUUCACAAUCGUGGCCGUGAUAAUUCGGAUUAAAGAGGGUCACUCGAAAGGCAACCAAACCGAAAUGAUUUAUCAUAUGCCGUUCGAAGUAUGGUACGGACCAAAAGCUUUACAGUCUCCAAGCUUUGAGAUUGCCUUUAUAUGUCAGAUAUUGGCAUCGGUUAUCUGUUGUGCCGGAAUUAUCGGUUUGGACGCUACUAUGAUGACCUUGAUAUUACAUAUAUGCGGUCAAUUCAAAUUAAUUCAAGCAUGGUUCCGCAGUAUUGGAAGGAAUGUCGGUCAAGCUUUGAUAAAGGACAAUACGAUUUCCGUGAAGCUAAAAUGUCAGAUAAAGAAAAGCAUUGAGCAUCACCAACGAAUGAUAAUUGUGGUUAAAGAAACGAACGAUUUAAUAAGUCCCAUAAUAUUUGUACAACUUUUGACGAGCGGAUUAGAAAUUUGUUUGAGCGGUUAUUCCGUAAUGUACGGUGCUUCUGGGCUAGAUUUAAUAAAAUUCAUUUCUUAUCUAUGCUCGAUGAUGAUACAAUUGUUAAUUUGGUGUUGGCCCGCCGAAUUACUUGUUCAAGAGAGCAUCAAAAUAGCAGAUUCGAUUUAUUUCGACAUACCUUGGUAUAAUUUACCAACGACGUAUCGGAAGGACCUCUGUCUGAUUAUUAUCAGAGCACAAACUUAUUGUUGCGUAAACGCGGCAAUAUUUAAAGUUUUAUCCCUUCAAACUCUUACUAAGGUCUUCAAUACGGCAGCUUCUUACUUCACACUUUUGAAAGAAAUGUAG